GGAGGAGGCCGUCGGGGGGCGGGCUCGGUGACGUCCCAAGGGGCGGGGGGCGGCGCGCUGGCUCCGCGCCCUCCCCGCCUCCUUCGGGUGCCGGCUCCGUGGGUCCUCGGGAGAUGCUGCCGCCCCCGCCUUUGCGGUUUCCGUGCACGCAGCUGCGGGUCCCUCCGCUCCACCGCCGAGGCGCCGCGGCGUCCGAGGGCGCACCCGAGCCGAGCCAUGCAGCCGGGAGCCGCGCUUCAAGCCAUGCUGUUGGCCGCGCUGCUGGCGGGGCCCCGGGGCGCCACCGGCCGCCUGCUAAGCGGGCAGCCGGUCUGCCGGGGAGGGACACAGAAGCCUUGCUAUAAAGUCAUUUACUUCCACGACGCUUCUCGAAGACUGAACUUUGAGGAAGCCAAGGCAGCCUGCAGGAGGGAUGGAGGCCAGCUGGUGAGCAUCGAGUCUGAGGAUGAGCAGAGACUGAUAGAAAAGUUCAUUGAAAACCUCCUGGCGUCUGACGGCGAUUUCUGGAUCGGGCUCAGGAGGCGUGAGGAGAAACAGAGCAAUGGCACAGCCUGCCAGGACCUUUAUGCUUGGACCGAUGGCAGCACGUCAACAUUCAGGAACUGGUACGUGGAUGAGCCUUCUUGCGGCAGCGAGGUCUGCGUGGUCAUGUACCAUCAGCCAUCGGCACCUGCUGGCAUCGGGGGCCGCUACAUGUUCCAGUGGAAUGACGACCAAUGCAACAUGAAGAACAAUUUCAUUUGCAAAUAUUCUGAUGAGAAGCCAACAGCUCCUUCUACAAAGCCUGGAGGUGAAGGAACAGAGCCAGCAACACCCAUGCUUCCAGAAGACACAGGGAAAGAAGAUGCCAGAGAGACUUUUAAAGGAAACAAAGAAGCUGCCUUAAAUCUUGCUUACAUUCUAAUCCCCAGCAUCGUCCUUCUCCUUGUGGUCAUCACAGUUGUGUGUUGGGUUUGGAUCUAUAGAAGGAGGAAAGGGGAGCAGCCAGGCCCCAGCACGAAGGAGCAGCACACCAUCUGGCCCUCUCCUCAUGCGGGGAACAGCCCAGACCUAGAGGUUUACAACAUCAUUCGAAAACAAAGUGAAGCUGAUUUGGCUGAGACCCGGCCAGACCUGAAGAACAUUUCAUUCCGAGUGUGUUCGGGAGAAGCCACUCCCGAUGACCUGUCUUGUGACUAUGACAACAUGGCCGUGAACCCAUCCGAAAGUGGAUUCGUGACUCUGGCGAGCGUGGAGAGUGGCUUUGUGACCAAUGACAUUUACGAGUUCUCCUCAGACCGAACGGGGAGGAGCAAGGAGUCUGGAUGGGUGGAAAAUGAAAUAUAUGGUUAUUAGGGCACAUGAAAAACACUUGAACAAAUGGAAAUGGGAAUGAAAAGAGGAGCAAAAUCUCCUAUUUUCUGUGAGGAAAAGAGAAUGUGUAUGAAAAUGCUCAGUUCAGGUCUUGGGGGUAAGCAUGUGACCCCCAUUAGCCCCUGUUGGAUCCCCAAGUUUGGCCAAAUCCCCAACCCCAGCUCCUCACCCAGAUCAGCCUUAUGAGAAAGCACCUUGCCCACGGUCAGGCACAUAGUAGAAAAGAAAUGUCAAUAGACUGGUUCUAUCUGACUUUCAAGGGAGAGUGACUUCCCUGGCAGGGAUAAGUUUGAGGCUGUGGGACUUGGGAAAGCCAUCUCUGGGUUCUGGUUUUCUCGCUCUGCUCUGUUUUAUAUAUAUAUAUAUAUGUGUGUGUGUGUGUGUGUGUGUGUGUGUGUGUGUGUGUGUGUGUGUGUAUAUAUGUGUGUGUGUAUAUAUAUAUAUACACACACACAUAUAUAUAUAUUAUAUCUCGGCAGCAGAUAUAAUCACAACGAGACAGAAACUACAGAAUCUUUUCAAAGCCCACGUACUGUGGCAUCAGGCUGGCCAGUGUACGGACAAAGCUUAGAUCUGUUUUGUUUUGUUUUGUUUUGUUUUUUCAAAAAAUCAAAUCAAAUCAAAAGCAGGAAGCAGAAUGUUAGUCUGUCUGUGUCUACAGCCCUUCCUCUGCAUGUAACCUCAGGGGACCUCUUUUUCUUUCUCCUCGCAUCCAAACUUGGACAUAUCCAACUUGGAAAUACGUUACAAACUAAAACUGGAAUGUGAGUCUCGGCUUCUAGGCUUCUUUGUGUGCCCAGCCCUGGUAGUGCUCUUAUUCUCCUCAUGUGUUUGUUUUACGGCAGCAGCAACAUGGUUUGGCUGAUGAUGAUAAUGAUUCUUCCUUUGUGUUAUGGGACUUAUCUCAAAUACUUUUGGACUCAAAUCCACAGAAAAGUUUCUUGGCCCAACAUCAGCUGUUUACACUUUGAAGGUCUGCAGGCUCUUAUCUAAUAUCAUCAGCAAACCCCUUCUAGCUUAUUAUGUUAAAUUUUCCAAUGCUUAUUUAUUUUUGAGGGAGAGAGACAGAGUGUGAGUGGGAGAGGGGCAGAGAGAGAGGGAGACACAGACUCCGAAGCAGGCUCCAGGCUCCGAGCUGUC